CGAUUCCUAUGCCAAGGUAUUUUAGUUUUUCAAUAGUUGUUUUUCGGUUUUUUUUAAGUUGUUUUAUACUAAUUUAAUUUGUAAUUUCAAUAUAGGAAAAAGGCAGUGACUCUUCCAAUGAUGAUGAUGGAGGUGGUGAUGAAGCAGAUUUUGAUUUAAAUGAAUCUGAAGAAACUGAUGAAAAUGAAGAAGAGAAUGUUAUGGGUGAUGAGGAAGGGGAGGGUAGUGAAGGUGAAGAGAAGGAUGGUCAAGCCGAUGAAGAUUCUGACUCAAAAGAAAAAAAUGAUAAUGGCAGUGAUGAUGAAUCCACUGAUAGUGAGGAGAAGGUAGAUAAGUAGACAAUGUAACUAGGUUUUAGUUACUUUGUGUGGUUUAUUUUGUUGUAAGUCCGUUUUAGGUAGUGCUCUUGUAAUUCUAUGUUAUUGUUAUGUCUCUUGUUAUGUUUUAUUUUUCAGAAAUUUGCAACUAUUUUCAGACUAUUUAUUUGUAUUUAUUAUGUUAUUUAUAUGGCUGUGUUUGUAGAUUAUGUUGUUCGCAAUUUAUUGUUGGUCUUCUUAUUUUACUUGUUGUUUUUAUUUUGUUAUGUAGUUUUUUUUUAGUUGUUGAAGUCUUUCACAAAAAAUAACUUCACUUUUUUCCAUUUUUCUUUUUCCUUUAUUUUUUGUAUCAAGAAUUUCGUUGAUUUCAAUGACGGCCCUACUCAAAUAGAUGUUGAGGCUACUGUUCAGUCCGGUGUAAAAGCAGUUGAGAUUAUGGUAAUGUUGCUUUUGUGUUGUUUUUUGGUUGUGUAAAGGUUGUUAUUUUUUAACCAUGCUCUAAUUCCUUUUUAAUACCAUAUAUAAACAGAUGUCUUCAGAUGGAAUUGGUGGUGAUCCUUGUAAACAGAUUUCAGUUUCUGAAAAUGUUGAGGUUACGGAUCGUCGUCUUGUUUGUUUUGAGAUGGGUGCAACAGGUCUCAAUGUUGAUUCUAACAUUGAACUUGAAGAUGACCCAAUUCCCGUUGAAGAAACUCCUCUUGUUGACAAGAGGAAAUCUAAGAAACCCAUAGCGCUGACGUCUCCGUUUAUGGAGUAUGACUCUUCCAUUUCUAGUUCUAAAGAUGGUUCUGGUUAUGGAGUUGUUAAGUAUGUGGCUGGGUUGUGUCCUCUUGAUGAUAAGAUUGGUGAAGAUGUAGAACAUAAAGACGAGAUUGAUUUUGACUUGUGGCUUGGUGAAGGACGUCGAUCGAAGAAAGAUCCGUAAGUGUUUAUUUUCAGCAUUUUUGUUGUGUUUUUGUAUUUUUUGUUUUUUACUUUACUAUUUAUGUUUCAUUUUUUUUUUAAAUGUUAGGCAUGAUAAGGAGAAGUUUUACUUGAAGGGUAAGGAUAAGAUUGUUCCCCCUUUUCGUUUUGGCGUGGAAGAUGUUGCAACCAAGAUGUGGUUCCACAAGCUUGCAUAUACUGGCCAAUGUUUGACUAAUUCUGUAAGUUAAAUUAUUUUUUCUUUUAUUUUUUUCAAAAAUUUCAGUCUGUAGUUUUAUUCAGGUUGUUUGUUGGUUGUUUUUUAGUUGUUGAAAUAUAAUUCAUUUUCUGAUUUUCGAACAUUUCUCAUUUUUUAUUGUUUAGCAUCUGGACAUCAUUUUUUACUAUCUACGUAAAAAAGGAAAGUAUGCAAAGGAGCCAAAGGUUAAGUUCACAACCACCGAUUGCUUAUUCUUCAAAACCAUUCAUGCUUUGUAUGAAAAAUUUAUUGCAUAGAAAAAAAAUCUUUCUUUGAUAACUGCCCAGCAUGCCAUUGCUGAUUAUAUAAGAGGUAGAAAAAUGUUAUGUGGUUCCCCUUGGCAUUUGUGCGAUCAUGUUUUCUUUAUCAUCCAUAUGGAGACUGAAUCACAUUGGAUUCUUGGUCGAUUGAAUAUUGAGGAAAGGCGUGUGUACAUGUACAACUCCUUGUCGACUGCUAUGAAAGAUAGUGCUGCUAUCAAAGCUUGUCAGCCAUUUGCGGUGUUGUUGCC